AUGCCACAACGAACUCAGCAUCAGGACCUCGACUUCGAGAUACACGUCGACCCAUCUUGUCUGAGCGAACCUUUGGAUGAGAAGCCAUCUACCAUGGAGCACGAGGAUGUUGUAGGCGUGAAGGAGCAAGCUGCCGAGGAGCAGGAUUCACACGGAAAUGCUGGGGGUGACGAUUCGAUUCCAGAUACUGAAACCUUGAAGGAGAGCGUGGAGAAAGCGGAAACCGACGAAGCUCCAGCUGAGAGUUCAGUGCCGGACACCCAAGAUUUACAGCCGACUGUGGAGGAAGUCGCUGACGAGCCUGAAGAGGAGUCGACCACACAUGGCAAUGUUUGCGAUGCGGAGGACGGCACUGAGUCACGAAGGGGUUCCGCCAUGUCAAAUGGUGAAGCUCUCGACGGUGAUAUCAAGCGGUGGCCGUCGAAGCGAACUGAAGCACUGAUUCAGGCUGCAGCCAGAGACAUUGUUAACCAUGUGGCUAGUCGCCCCCGAGAUUCCAUUCAGAGUGCCGCUUCGAUACCCGACGAGGAGGAAACCAGUUUUGUCACUGAAUCAUACACUGAGAGUCAUCGUCACUCGCUUGGGGGAGAAUCAGAAGCUGGUCAGAGCCACGUCUCCGAGGAGGAUCAUGCGCGACACACCGCUCCCACCGACGACGGUGGGGAUAGCAGCUCCCACCACGAACACGAGGACGAUGUGUUUAGUGACAACAGCCCUCGAAGCUCCAUGGGGUCAAUGUCUGAAGCAGAGAACAAGAAUGCCGGCAAGAUUUCGCCGCACAAGACUCGGUCUGCACGGAUCUCCGACAUUCCCCAAUCCGACAUGGACGAUGACUUUAUCCCCACCCUACGCGGCACACCCAGACCGGCUUUUAGAUCUCCAUCAUCGGUGAAGGCGAUGCAAAUGUCUUCGCCACCUGCAUCUGUCAAUGGGACUCCUCGGUCAAGUCGUCGAACACCAAUGUCGACCGUGUCGCGUCUUGGCUCACCAAGUGUUUCUGCCCAGUAUUCACCCAAAAAGACGCCACCUCGGUUUAAGAGAAACACACCGCCGCUGGUGCUGCUGCACGUCACUGUUCUACCUUCACGUUGGGCUUGGGGUCAUGUUCUGGACAAUGCUCAGCUAAGUGAAUUGAGUCCUGAGGCAAAGGCCCUUUGGGAGGCAUGGAAUCAGCUCCAAGAUCGGACUGGCGAUACUAUUUCGGAUCGCGGCAUUCUUCUACCUCAUCCUCAGAAUGACUACGAAGUCUUGGAAGAGCGACUUUUAGAGACUCUGGAGCUCCCCAUGCGGCGAAGAGCUCGGAUCUUGGAAUGUGGGCAUUACCUGGGACCGUCAAACGAGAUGUCUCUACCAGAGGAGAUUGAGAGCGAAGACGAAGACUACUCUGAUGCAGCUCGUUCACCUCGACAAAGCAUGACAGAGCAAAGUCACUGGUGCAAGACUUGCCAUUCCGACAUUAGGUAUGACUCGCUAGGGGAUGCCAAAGUUUAUCGCGUCAAGGUGUAUGCAAGCAAUGGCUUGAUGAGAGCUGGCGCCUGGGAAGCGUGCUGGAAGGAGAUGGAGCGCGUUGACGUCGAACUUGAGCCCAUUAUCGACUCAAAGCUUCAGGAAGAAUUGAGCCGCUUGUCCAUCGAGCAGGAGAGAGCCCUAGAGCUGGAAGAAGAAGCUGCUGCCGCCGCUGCUGCAGCAGUUGAUGAGGAGAUUCAACGACGGGAGGAGGCUGAGCAGGCUGAACAGGCCGAACAGGCUGAACAGGCCGAACAGGCCGAACAGGUCGAAGAAGCUGAGCAGUCAUAUAUGCCAGAACAAAUGGACGCUUCCGUUCAUACGGAGUCAUCUCCUCAGCCUGAUAUUCCCGUGGAGUCUAGCCCACCUUAUGAUGAUACCCGCCGAAUGAGAGAGGAAGAGAGAUUGAGGGAAAUUUAUGGUGCAAGUCCCCCAUCUCACCCAGAAUCUUCCUCAAUGCCGGAGCCACGGCACUCGGACUUUGAGACCCGGGAAACACCAGCCUCGCCAUCAGUGGAAGCCUUUGAGAGACGCGAAGAGCGACGGGAAAGCAGACAGCAUGCCUACAAGAGUGCUUCUCUGCCCGAGCUCAUCUUUGAAGCUGUCAAGGUACUCAUGCAGGAUCAGAAGAAUCUCUUGAUUGCGCUGCUGAGUCUUGUGGUGUUGGUGCUUGCCGUACGGGGCGGCUCGGCGCCAGAUGAGGCUCGCCUUCAGGCAGUGGUUCCCGAGUCUUUUGCUCCUGUUGCUCAAGUUCCCGAGGUUGCUGUUGAGAAACCCGUUGAACCUGUUAUGGACGUUCCAAAAAAUGUAAUCCCGGAACCCAUAGUUGAGGUAGCUAUUCAGGACCCUGUUGAAUCAGCAGCUGACACUCCGAAAGCUGUAGAGCCUGAGGUCACACAGAAACCGAUACAGGAACCACCGCAAGAGCCGAUAGAGGAACCGAUACAAGAACCAAUACAGGAACCAGUACAGGAAGCUGCCUACACAGAAGAGCAGCCGCGGUUUGCAACGACUGAAUCUGUGCAUGAGUCUGCUGCGACAGAGGCGGCUGACCCGUGCGUCCGCUGCUCGAGGGCAUUGGAGGACGCUGAGCUGUCAUUGAUGACUGCACCAGUCAGCACCAUUGAGAUUGUCAAGACGGUGACGGAGACAGCGGUUGAGACGGUUACGGUCCAAGCAUUACCAACCGAGGCAGCAAAGAGCUUUUUGGAUGUUGUUCAUAACGCCGAGGCUACGCACAUGGAGGCCGAAUUGGAGAGGAUACGGGAGAUGGAAGGACGUGUCGAACUUGAAGGGGGUCUGGAUGAGGCGAACUAG